GAAGGGCAGUGGUACCUGACAAUCUGCAGGGAGAAGGAGCAAACACAGACAUAAUAAAGGAGAAAGAUGGCUAGUCAGUCACAGGGAAUCCAGCAGCUUCUACAAGCCGAGAAACGAGCUGCAGAGAAGGUCGCAGAAGCCAGGAAGCGAAAGGCCCGCAGGCUGAAACAAGCUAAAGAAGAAGCCCAGUCAGAAAUCGAGCAGUACAGACUGGAGAGAGAAAAGGAGUUUCAGCAGAAACAGCGGGCGGUUCUGGGCUCGCAGGGAAAUUUGUCCACUGAGGUGGAGCAACAGACCAGGAAAAAGAUUCAGACUAUGCAGGGAAACUAUCAAAAGAAUCGAGAAAGAGUCCUGCGGCAACUUCUGACCAUGGUAUUCGACAUUAAGCCUGAGAUCCACCCAAACUACCGCAUCUAACUUUCUAGACAAAGGGAAGCUUCAGUAUUAAGAAAAAUGAGAACGGUGCGGGAACUGUCUAAACAUAGUUGUACUACAUAAGAGUUUUGUUUUGUGCAUAUGUAAGUUGUGGUUUUGCAAAUUAUAAUCAAAUUUCAGGACAGCAAGAUUUAUUUAAAAAUGACAAGUUCUAAAAAGUUUGUAUACAAAAUGGAUAGUGAACUAUCCAGCAAGGACUGUAUUGCUUUGCAAUGUAGACCAGUCUGGCAAAUACUCUAAUCUUUGUAAUGUAGGGUGGUCUAGUAAAUACUCCAGCUCAUUUUAUUGGAAACCUCUUUUAUGUGAAUAAAUAUUGUACUUGUUGAUGACA